GAGGCGCGCAUGCGCCAUAGGCGCCGGUAGAUCAACUUGGGAAGGUCGAUAGCAACCCGUUAGCCGACAAACAUGAUGUCCCUUGCCGCCCGUUCGGGGGCAUUUUCCCCGUACCUCCAAGCUACAAAUCAUGCCGUGGCAGGUCCACUGAAGGCUCUGAUACCGGGCGUCGUCAUGAAGAGCGAUAAACUCUUGAUGGACACGAAAAAACCGUUCCUGUGCCGCGAGUCCUUGUCCGGUCAGAGCGCUAAGACCGGGCUCGCCGUGUCCGUCAGCAUCAAUGCUCGCUCUGGAGUUCGUUUCGCCCACACAGACAUCAAGGUCCCUGAUUUCUCUGACUACCGUCGGCCUGAAGUUUUGGACCCUAAGAAGUCCUCACAAGAGAGCAGUGAGGGCCGGCGGGCCUUCUCUUAUCUGAUCACAGGUUCCACAGCUGUGAUUGGAGUCUAUACUGCCAAGACAGUCGUCACACAAUUUAUCUCCUCCAUGAGCGCCUCAGCUGACGUGCUGGCUUUGUCUAAGAUUGAAGUCAAGCUAUCAGACAUCCCUGAAGGUAAGAACAUGACCUUCAAAUGGAGAGGGAAGCCCCUGUUUGUCCGCCACCGAACGGAAAAGGAGAUCGCAACUGAGGCUGACGUUAAUCUCGCUGAGCUUCGGGACCCCCAGCAUGACAAAGACCGCGUUUUGAACCCGUCCUGGGUUAUCGUCAUCGGUGUGUGCACCCACCUGGGCUGCGUGCCCAUCGCUAACGCUGGUGACUAUGGUGGCUAUUACUGCCCCUGCCACGGCUCUCAUUACGAUGCAUCUGGUCGUAUUAGAAAAGGUCCCGCUCCACUCAAUCUGGAGGUCCCCUACUACGAGUUUUCAGACGAUGACACAGUGAUUGUAGGAUAAAGGAAAGGACUGUACAAAUAUCUAUGAUCAACACUGAAUCUCUUCUUUCCUGGUCUGUUUUUGUCCAUCAUGUUUCAGACACAAAUGAUGUACUCAGUGGUUAACAAAGGUUAAUUGUAAGUAAUAAAUGUGUAUUUUAUCUGAUAGAAAGCCUCAUUGUUAUUUAUUCAGUCUCAACAUAUAAAUCAAUGUCUGCUUGACAGAAAUGCAUGGGAUGAUUUUUUUUUUUAUGCAAUGUAGGUAAUCCACAUAAGGUGCAAAUUAAAUAUCUACUUUGCUAUAGAAACUAACUGUUAAUAAAAGUGAUCAAAACAAAGCCUUGGGAAUUUUUGAACGGUAGAAAGUCAUGUAAGUAAUGGUCGCAGGUUGUAUUUCAUUUGUAACACAAAACUUACAAUUAAUUUAGCAUAGCUCCAGCAAUUACACAAUGUUAAGGGUGACCGAUUGCUGUGAAAUUUACUUUUUUCUCAAGUAGUGGUAAAUGUAUCUAUUGUUUGAUUAUGGCUACGUUUCAUUGGAACCUGAUUAAGGACAGUGAAUGUAAAAUAUAUGGACGUGUUAAAAUAAGAUAACAUGCUGUAUUCUUAAUAAACUGUGUAAACAGAG